AUGGAUGACGACGAGCUCGAUGAUAAUCAACCAGAAGAAAGCAAAUACGUUGUAAUAAAAUGUGGACUUCAAACAAUCCUGCGACAACAACAUGAACGGAUUGAAAGAGUUGGAGAAGUUGUGACCAAAAUGCUAUUCGAGCGCAGUGUUCAAAUGACAGAAGUGGCAGCAUUGGCAUCACUUUCUAUUCUUUUUAUUUUGAAUGAAGCACUUGAUAAUGACGAUCGUGCAUUUUUUUUGAAACCACAUCCAAGUCUGUUCAUUGCCGAUUGUUUCAGAGCGGUAUUAAACCAACACGUUAACAAUAUCAAUAGUCAAUAUCGGAUAUUGCCCGAGUUUCGUUUCAUGGUAGAAAGAAACAGUGAAGAACAGUUCCGAUGGCCAGAUGAUGAAAAGUUGGGAAAUGGUUUGAGAUAUUUUUAUAAACAAUAUAUCACAAACAUUCAAACCAAUACCAACACAUGGUGUGAAAAACGACUUGAGAAUUUUUUUCGAAUGCGUUGUUGGUAUCGCAAUCGAUUCCACAAUGGCUCAAGAUUUGAUAACAUCGACAUCAGAAAUGCCAAAGAGUUUUCAUAUCGAUUUAAGAAUUUAACAAAUGGUAAUAAUGGUAAUAAUGUGGAUCCACAACGCGUUGAAAAAUUCAAUAUUUUAAUGAGAGAUUUGACUGAAAUUGGAUGGUCGGGAACAGUGAGUAUGAAAUUUUUCGCAAAAUAUCGUUGGUUUGAAUCACUGUGGUUGUUCGGUCAAAUGCAACGGCAAAUAGAAGUGUAUCACAGUCAUGCCGAACAAUGGUAUACCAUUCAUGAAAUGUUUCGCAACAAUCCGAACUUUCAAGAGCCAACAAUCAAUCGACCACCAAAAAUAAGCAGUUUUGCUCUUAUACCAUUAUGCGACUACCAUUUGAAAAACGUGCGAUUGGACAUUAAGGACUUGUAUAAUAAAAUUGUAAACGAGCUUGAUUUGGUGCCUUCUUUUCUCAAUACGCGGACCAACCGGAUGAAUAAGAGAAAUUUAAAGUACUACACCCAAACUGAUCGAUCAGGUCUAUGGAAUAUGUUGUUCGAUGUCGGUGAAAUAAAUAAAUUGGGCAAAUCGAAAUCAUUCCAUCAUCAGAUUUUGACCGAUAGUGUUUCAAUAUCCAUAAUGUACAAGAAACCACAGCGACAACAACGACCACAGCAAACAACCCAAGCGAAUCGGGGGCCGGAAAAACUCAUUGGCAAGAAAUACAUCAUUGGAAUCGAUCCAAAUGAAAAAUCGUGGUUAACUGUAGUGCGUCGCAACAUUCAAAAAACACCUGAUGAGCCGGCUGUUGAGGAAAACAUUAUAAUACCAAACCAGCGUUUUCAUUGGGAAACUCAGCAGAAAAAACGAGACAAAGAAGCGAAAAAGUUGGCUGGAUGGUUUGAUAUCGAAGAGAAGGAACAUCUCAAAACAUACCCAUAUCGUCCACCAUCACCACGUAAUUCAACAUGGAAAUCAUACAUUGAAUAUCGCAUUAAAAUGUUACGAAAAGGAAUGGCAGCUUAUGCGACGCGUGAAUAUGCACGACUGGAUUUAGACCAUCACAUUCGCUCGACCAGAGUAAAUGAUCAAAUCGCCGUGCGUGUGACAAACAACAAACCGUCGUUGGUUCAAUUUGGUGCUUGGGCGAUGAAACCCGAUCGACCGUUUGGAAUAAAAAAGCGUAAAAGAUGUCCGGGAUCGCGUAAGUUUCGUGUGAGCAUUAAGAAACUUGGACAUUCAGAAGUUGAAAUGCAAGAUGAAUGGGGGAACAUCACAAACAUGCGCGAAUUGUCAGGAACGUUUUCCAAGGCACACAAAAGAUGA